CAACCACAUUUAUUUUGCGCGCUUUGACGUUCACACCUCAUUCGUGGUUUUCUUGCAUGCAAAAGUUGAUCCGGCAGACAUUUCUCCUUGCGGCUGGUUGCGCACAUUCUCCAGUGGUUAAAUUCGUGAAAAUUUUGUAACAAUAGCCUCAAGAUGUCGUUCGCUCUGAGAAACGGUUCCCGGCUGGUCAGCUCGAUGCGCCCGGCCCUGCGAGCGAUGCAGUCCCGUGGCUACGCCGACGAGAUGGCGUUCACCCUGGCCGCGGCCAACAAGGUUUUCUACGACUCCACGGCCGUCCGGCAGGUGGAUGUGCCCUCGUUCAGCGGUGCCUUCGGUAUCCUGCCCAAGCACGUUCCGACUUUGGCUGUUCUGAGGCCAGGAGUCGUCACCGUUUACGAACAGGACGGCGCCGUCAAGAAGGUGUUCGUCUCCAGCGGAACCAUCACCGUCAACGAGGACUCGUCUGUGCAGGUGCUGGCCGAGGAAGCUCACCCCGUUGAGGACUUGGAUUCCGCUGCCUGCCGUGAAAUCCUGUCCAGUGCCCAGAGCAAACUCUCGUCGGCUUCCACCGAUGUGGAAAAAGCCGAAGCUGCCAUCGCCGUCGAGGUUGCCGAGGAACUUGUCAAGGCUUCCGGUUAAGUUUUCACCUACUUUAAGGGAUAAUUUUCGGAUGUAAUUGGAGUUAAAAUUUUGGGAUUUUGUUAGAUUCGAGUGAAGUGAAUCCACCGGCUAACUUUCAACCUGUAGUCGGUGCGUUUGAUACAAAUGGUAUAGAGUGGAGAUGUUUCCAAAAGUUUGGCAGAACGAUCAAUAAGUGAACCUUUUUUCUCGUUUCUGUACUUCAUUUAAAAAAUGGAUAAAAAUUAAUAAAGUCAUGGGAAACGUUUCGUGGCCAAUCAACGGCUUCUAGAUCUAGUAA